AUGUGUGGUGAGAAUGAGACGCAGGUCACUCAGAUACGUCUUCUUGGGUUCCAGAGUCUACACAAGUACAGGACUCUUCUCUUCAUUGUGUUUCUCCUGACUUAUAUAUUUAUACUGGCAGGAAACCUUCUUAUUAUCCUUCUGAUCUCCGUUAUUGAUCACCUCAAAACCCCAAUGUAUUUCUUUCUGAAACAUUUAUCCAUAUCCGACGUCUUACUGACCACCAGUAUCGUCCCUUUAUUGUUGCACAUAAUAAUUACUGAGGAGGGUAUCCUGUCCUUUCGGGGCUGUAUUUUUCAGCUGUUCUUAUUUAUUAUAUUGGGAUGUUUUCAAUGUUUCCUCAUUGCCGUUAUGUCCUAUGAUCGAUAUUUGGCCAUUUGCCACCCAUUAAGAUAUUCUUCAUUGAUGAGCCCAGAUCUUUGCCUCCAGCUUGUUUUUGGGGCGUGGUUUUUAGACAGUGUGUUAACAAUAAGUGAGAUCAUUGUUAUUAUUCAAUCUAAUUUCUGUGGCUUGAACUACAUUGACCACUUUUUCUGUGACUUUGGUCCUGUAGUGGAAUUGGCCACUUCAGACAAUUCCGUUGUGAAGAUGCAAGACUUUGUUUUUAAUAUAUUUAUCUUUGUUUUACCAUUUAUUUUUAUCGUUAUGACCUAUAUUUGUAUUUUCCUCACCAUCCUUAAACGUUCUUUUGGUAAAAGAAAAGCCUUCUCCACUUGUAGCUCCCACCUGAUCACAGUUUGUGUUUAUUAUGGGUCCUAUAUCACAGUCUAUAUGUUUCCAUCUGAUGAGAGUUCAUCCCAUAUCAACAAAUACAAAUCUCUGUGUUACCUAGUAGUGGCACCAUUAUUAAACCCCAUCAUCUACAGCCUGAGGAACCAUGAGAUCAAAAAAGCUGUUCAAAAAAUUACCAUCUAUAUCUUGAAAAGAUGA